AUGCACGAUCCCGUAUCCGUUCAGCCAUGGACGGCGGCCCGAUGCCACCGCCUGUUGCGCCAGCUCGAGUCUCGAUUAUCCACCCUCCGCAAGCUGGUCAAGCCGGACGCUGGCCCUCUGAAAGGACAACAACAAACCAAGCGCCAUGCUCACGAGACCUGGGAUGCGCAACCUGCUAAACGGGUCAAGCAUACAUACACAGCCAGGAACCGAAGAAGCUUGCCUAGCAGGCCAAAGCCGCCCUCCAUGACACCAAAGCGACCUACCCGUGCAUUUUCUAGGUUGGAUACUGCCAACUUGUCACCCAACUCGAGGACCCUCAAUUUCCCGACGCCGGUAGCGACACGGUACACCAAGAUGACCAAACAUUGGGACGACCGGACCAGCAGCAUGGAAAAUUCCACUGAUAAAUCGGCCAAUAGCACACAGCCGGUCCCCCGAAACCUCCUGGAAGAGAUACGCCAUAUUCGUCACACUGUCCCUGAGACGCAUUUCCGAGUCUACAUGGCCAAUUUUGAAUGGCUCGCGCAUCUGCUUCAGGCAACUGCUUCAAGACCUAGAGAGGCACACCCGAAAUCUCUACUUGGAAUGUGUUUACGCCAAAUCCCCGCCUGUGUAGAAAACAUUGAAGAUUGGGAAAGGGGCAGGACCAAUGAUAAAGCUAUCCAUUCAAUCACGAGUAGUUCCGCGGUCUCUUUGGAGCUGUAUGAGCAGCUUGAGGCGUUUGGAUCAUCUGAAACGGGGUGGCGGCCGCUCAAGAUUGCCGCUCGUGCGCAUGCCACCAGACUCCUCCAAAAGGCAGCUGUGGAAGGCUUGUUUGAACCAGCUUAUGUGGGAUCGCUAGUGAAACUUUGCCUUCACUUUCACUGUCCUGAAGAGGCUGCGAUUCUUGCGACCGCAGUACGAGGCGCAUUGCCGAAGCCGAGGAAUCUACAGAGCACAUUUGUCGAGCGCUACGAGCUCCAGCCGCUUCAUGCCCUUGUGACGUCGGCCGCUGCUGGUCAGGGCAAAGGCUUUGCACUCUGUCAUAUAUCAUCAUUAAUCAAACAAGGGUACCUGCACCCCGAAUGGGUUGCUUCCAAAGCGUUUACCGAAGUGCUGAGCGGAGCGAUCCAAUCUGUAGCCUCAGAUAAGAGCGGCCCAUCGGAGCUGAAACUGCUGGUCACCAUCAUUGAAACGCUGUGCGUCAAGGAAUAUUCUCGCUCGGAAGCAAGCCAUGAGCAUAGCCGGUCACAUGCCCUGAUACGUGUGGCUGCUGGGCUGGCCAUAGUCGCCAUGGGGUCGGCCAAUGGCCAAGCGACAGCGACCUCCAUGCCUGCAAGACGGAACUGUAUGAGGGCACUUCGUGUUCUAGACUUCUCCGUCAACAGUAUCAGAGAGAACCGCGGUAGCCAGCAAGCGAGAGAAUUGUCAGUUAUACCAGUGAUGGCACUUUUCUUAGCAGUGACAUCGAAUGAACUGGUGAGCCGGGAACUUCAGCAACAAGCUGCAAGGGAAUUGGAGAGUUUGAUUGCAACAGAUGAGUCUCAGGCGCAUCGCCAAUAUCGGCAAGCCAUGUCCCUGGUUUGCUCAAUUACCCAGGGCAUAAGCCAGCAGGCAGAACAGCUUGCAGGUUUUGAAUGCUUAGCAACCAUAUGCAAUCGGCUUGAUAAACUGCAACUACCAAGUUGGUUCCGGCAGGGCCUGCGGACUGACGGCGCUUUCCUCUUUGCCCAGAAGACGAAAGACCUUCGUGACCUCGUCUUUGCCGAGCAACAAUUCCAAUCUACGAACAUGGCCGUCUUGGCAAAGCCAGGUUCCGAGCCGGGGCGUGUGAGCAGCAUCUUCUCUGGCUGGCGCUGGGAGGAGGGUAUCAGCGAAUGGGUGUUACCAAGUCCUGACAAAGCUGGGAGGCGGCCGGGGAAGCGGCCGGGGAACAGCAGACGCUGCACUUCAGACGGAGAUGUGCUUCAAACAGUCAACAACGAAGCGGAGGUGGAGACAAGACAAACCUGGGUGAGGGCAAUGAACCAACAACUCUCACCAGGGGCGAUGGUAUCUGAGCGCGCACAGGUACGUUUCAGGGACAACGCCAGAGGGCGGGGAGUGGACCGACCUGGCGGGACUGGGGUUGGCACGGUUCUGCAAGAGAGGAAAGAGAGCAAUUCGGUGAAGGCGAGAAAAACUCUCGAUCCAAAACUUGCAGCAGGUUUGCGACCACAGGGGCCCGUCCCGCUGGGCGCUAAAGCAGCGUGCCUUGGAACGCACCUCGUCCCAGACUCAGCUGGCUGCAACGGCAGUGGCGGCAGCAACAGCAAAAGCAAUGAGAAAGACAGCAGCAGCACACGAAACAUUAGUGCUUGUGCCGGCGCUACGGGCCAUACAGGUGCCGGGGCAGUGGUGGCAGUGGGAACGCAUGGCAAGAGGCAGCCGAGGACGAAAAGCAUGAGGGUGACUGGGCGACUUCUGAUCGCCAGGGGAGCCAAUCAAGCCAGGCAACACGAUGCUUGGGCCCCUGGGUGA